UUCAAAUAUACAUCCAACAAGAAAUAAUCCUUGCAAAUUCAUGCAUAAUUUCUUUCUCAACUCUCAACCGACAACCUCAAAGUUAUCAUAAUACUAGUUCAUAAUUACUUUUACCAAAUAUUCGUAUUAGUUUGACAUGCAUUUUUCAAAGAAUUUAUAACUAAAAAAUUAUCACAAACGAAACCUUGGAAAUUUUUGCAAUUGCAAUGAUAUGGAAGAAAUAUGUAGACUUUACAUUCCUUAGCACUGAUUCACUUCUAAAAUGUUCUCCCGCUGUUUCUGUACUUUCAGUUUUAAGUAACACUGCAAAUCCAGUUCUCAUAAAACUUCAUCAUCUUCAAUAUUAUUCCCAUUAUUCUUCCUCGCCUUCAGUUCCAUUAUCCCAAAUCAACGUUGAAGUAAUUCAUGCCACGAAAAUCAAAGAUGGUUCGGCCCAAAACUCCUCUAGUAGUAACUAUUUAUUAAAUCUUUACACAAAAAGUUACCAUUUAGCUUCUGCACAGAAACUGUUUGAUGAAAUUCCUCAAAGGGAUGUUCGAACGUGGACGAUACUCAUUUCGGGUUUUACUCAAUAUGGGUGUUACAGAAAUGCAUUAUGGUUGUUUAUUAAGAUGCAAAAAGAGGGCAAUGUUAGUCCUAAUGAGUUCACUUUAUCUAGUGUCUUGAAGUGUUGUUCUAGUGUUAGUCACGGGCUUAGAUUGGGCAAAUCUAUACAUGGGUGGAUGCUUACUGCUGCAGUGUAUUUGGAUGUUGCUUUGGAGAAUGCUGUACUUGAUCUUUAUGUCAAAUGUGAGGCCUUGGAUUAUGCGAAACGGUUCUUUGAACUGCUGGGUGAUAAAAACGCGGUAUCUUGGAAUAUAAUGCUGGCAGGAUAUUUGAGUAUAGGAGAUAUGGAGAAGAGUGUAAAGCUUUUUAAAAAGAUGCCUGAAAAGGAUGUUUCGAGUUGGAAUACAAUCAUUGAUGGGCUUAUGCGACGUGGAUUUGAAAAGGAUGCCCUUGAGCUCCUAUGUCAAAUGACCUCAUGUAGGCCUUCAUUUAACGAAGUUACGUUUUCUAUAUCAUUCGCAUUAAUGUCUUCACUUAGAAAUCUCGAAUUAGGGAGGCAACUCCAUGGUAAAGUGAGGAGGUUGUCAAUAUAUGAAGACACGCUUGUAAGGGCCUCACUAAUUGAUAUGUAUUGCAAAUGUGGUCAAAUGGAGAAGGCUUCUAGAAUUUUCCAGGAGUUACGCCAAGUUGUUGCCGAAGUACAACAUUCACAUUCUGUUCCAUGGAGUACAAUUGUAUCAGGUUAUAUUCACAAUGGAAUGCUGAAAGAUGCUUUGGAAUUUUUUAGCUCCAUGGUGCGUGAUCAAUUGGAAGUGGAUGUGUUUACGCUGUCAAGCAUUCUUAGUGCUUGUGCGAAUAGUGAGUUUUUGGAACUUGGGCAGCAGAUUCAUUGCUAUGUCCAAAAACUUGGACACAUAUGGGACAUAUUUUUGAUUUCAGCAAUUAUUGACAUGUAUGCCAAAUGCGGAAAGUUAAAUUCUGCUUGGUUGUCUUUUGAGCAAACGCAAACUCAGAAUAUCGUGGUGUGGACGACUAUGAUAAACAGUUAUGCUAUACAUGGAAAAGGAGCAGAGGCUGUUCAGCUUUUUGAGCUUAUGCUGAAUCAGAGGAUUGCACCAAAUGAAGUAAGUUUCGUUAGCGUUUUAACUGCAUGUAGUCAUGCAGGUUUGGUGAAAGACGGGUGCAAGUAUUUUAGGUUGAUGAACCAAGUUUACGGUAUCAAGCCUGGUGUCGAACAUUUCACUUGUAUGGUUGAUCUUUUUGGCCGAGCAGGUUGUUUAGAGGAGGCUUAUGAUUUCAUUCAUGAGAAUAGAAUCUCUAACAUGACCCAAGUUUGGAAGGUACUAUUAUCUUCUUGCUUGGUUCACAAAAACGUAAAGAUGGCAAGACGUGUUACUGAGAAAUUGCUAGAACUUCAGCCAAGGGAAGACAGUCCUUACAUUCUGUUAUCAAAUACUUGUUCAGACAAUGACAAUUGGGAUGAAGCAUCGAAAAUAAGGGUCCUGAUGAAGGAAAUGAAAGUUAUGAAACUCCCAGGUCAAUCAUGGACUUAGUUGACAAAUGAAAUCCAGAAUUCCACAUGAUUAUAAGGGAAAAAUCAGAUAGAUUCAAACAAGCUGCCGUGCAACUGAAGGACACCCACCUUUGAGAAUGACAUAAAUUUGGGAAUGCAGGAAGCCGAAGAAAAGGAGAGGAGCAGACACAUUUGUGUACACCUUUAAUCACUAGAUAUCACAUUUGGUGAGCCUUUACCCAGUUUAGAACCUGAAUUCUGGUGCAAUAUGUUUGAUGCUGACUUUACAGUUCGAAGGCUGAUGGAUUGCUCCCGACACAUACAGAGAUUACAAGUUAAGCUGGUGAUAGUUAAGGAACAUCAACUCAAAUCUUUUUGGAUAUUUCUUGGUUUAAUAUAUGGUUGAUCAUGUCAUCAUUUGUCUUUUUGAGAGGCCAAGAACAAUAAUUUGGUCAGGUGACUUUGUGAAUGACUACUGACUGUUUGCCUCAAAUUGUCUAACCUGACUUCAAUUGGCAUUGCAAAAUCUAACCAGAGGUAAUAACUCUCAGCUUUCUCCAGCUCAUUGGAAAUUCCAUGCUCCAAGUACAUAAAUGUAUAGCUCUUCAGGAACUGUAACUUCUAGUUUGUCCUUUCACUACCUGUUUAUAGUGUCAAGAGAGAAUGCUUGUGACGAUUUACACUGAUGCUCAAGCGUUUGGAAUUCACAGUUAUGUGCAGUAAGUCAUUUCUGUAAAAUCUACCCUUCAACUUCUAAUUUCUCUUUAGAAAUAUCCUAUUCUGCUGUAUGAAGAUGUUAAUAUAUUUCUGCCUUGCAUUUUAUUUGAUGUCUACAUUCACAUCCCGUGUAAACUGAGUCCAA